AUGGAAAACCAAUUCCAAAAGUGCAUUAAGGUAAUAGAGAAACUCCACGUAGAAAUCCCUUUUACCGAAGCAAUAACCCAGAUACCAUCAUAUGCUAAGUUCUUGAAGGAUAUUUUGUCUAACAAACGACGAAUCGACGAUCCCAAACCUUUAGAAUGUCAUUCCAUAUCCGAGAAUAAACUUUCCAAGAAAGACAAAGAUCAUGGAAGUUUUUCCAUCCCUUGCGUCCUAGGAAAUCAUAUGAUAGACAAGGCAUUUUUGGACCUAGGAGCGAGUGUAAGUAUGAUGCCCUUGGCUGUCUGUAAGAGGUUAAAACUAGGAGAGCUUCAACCUACUAAGAUGUCGUUACAACUAGCUGAUAGGUCUGUUAAAUACCCCAUGGGUAUUCUGGAAGACAUACCUGUCAAGAUUGGUCAGUUAUACAUUCCGACCGAUUUCGUAGUUAUGGAUAUCAAAGAAGAUGAUGACAUCCCAAUCCUUCUAGGAAGACCAUUCUUAUCGACCGCCAGAGCUAUAAUAGAUGUUAAGAAAGGGAAGCUGACUUUUGAGGUAGGAGAAGAAAAGAUCGAGUUCAUUCUACCAAAAUUCCUAAUGGCACCAGUGAUUGGAGAUGCGUGUUAUGCCAUCGAUGUCAUAGAUGAGUGCGUAAAUGAGCUCAACGAUUCCUUAAUCUGA